AUGCUCGGGGCACUCGGUCAUUGUGAAGAUCCAGCCUGUGUACAAAAAAACUCUUCAUCAUCGCACGAGCUUAUUCGCUUGUUUCGUUGUUCUAUUCAUUGCGACAAAAAUCUCUGUUUGUCUCAUUUGAAUGCUCAUAACGUUUACUACGAACAAGAAAGACGACGAAAUGACGGCGUCAUUCGAGAACUCGAGGCCGCAUUUACCACUUAUCGACAACUAUUUGAACAACAUAUCGCCACAUACCAAGAGCUUGUUCGUCAAGCAUCGACUAUUCUCUAUCACAGUUCAGCGACGACGAUUCCAACUGAACAAAUCCGCAGUGUGAUAUCCAAUAUUCGUCAAUCGAUUAGCAUCUUCGAACAAGAAAUAAUUUUGCAACCUGAUCCAGCAUUGAAUAUGACACUAUUACAAUUGAAGAGUGAAGAAGAAGAGAAAAACGUUAUUGUUCUCGAUGACGAACACGGCCAGACGAAGAACAUGAACAAAGAAAACGAAGUGCCGGUGAACCCUUCACUUUCAAGUGUCAAUGCGAAUAACAACUCGACGAUCGUUUCAUCAAAUGAAUGUCACAAUUUUGUGGUGCGAAUUCCACGAAUUAGCAACAUAGACACGGAGUCAUCGAUUGAGAUCAUCCGAAGUAACUCACAACGUGAAACAUCACCAUCGACCAAAGGACAGAAGCGAACAAGUGAACAUACGAAAAAGAAAUAUAAAAAUCGACUCAGCCCAACAACAAGAAAACAUUGUUUUUUCCUAUUCGCUGACGAACAUCAUAAAAACACUAUGGCUGGCAAUGGCACUGGCGCUCUCGAAAACAUUGUGCGAUCUUGGCUUGAUAGACAUCAUAACCAAUUAGAUUUACACUUAACCCACCCACCGAUUACUUUCAAGAAGAGUUCUGAUUAUCCAUUUAUGUUCACAGCAGACACCGACAAUGUUCGCAUUACUAUUGGUUUCAAGACCGAAAGUUUGAAUAAAGACUCAUCUCUUGAUGAUUUUUACUCCAACUUCAAUUACAUUGCUCUUGAUCAUCUUCCCCUGCCUGGUCUUCAUGGUAUCCCAUCUGAAUGGGAUGUUUACCCUCAAACGCCAAUGUCAUCAUUUUCCGAUGGUGUCCGUUUCGAACAUUAUGAUCCAGCUUCGCAAAUCUUAAAAUUAGAUAUUGAAACAAAUUUCUUCGCAAUCUACGGUCAACUUCCUCAACAACAUUACAUGGCUGAUGCUUCACUACCCAAAGGUAGUUACUUUCAAGUUCGACGCGAUAUUCAAGCCUCAAUCAAACUUCAUGCUAAACUUAACUUCAAUUAA